AAUUGAUAAUUAAUUGUACCAACGUAGUGAUACCUGGUGACUUUACAAGACUCCUGUCAGGGGGAUAUAACAUGAACCUCCCAAUAUAUGCUAAACCAUAUCCGAUAGUAGCUGAUAUAGAACAUGUUAUUCAAAAAAUUCCUGGAAACAACGAGGACAAGGCGACGUUAAGGUCCAAUAUAAGUAAGGAUUUGAAAAAAUAUAAAGCAGAUAAAUCACAUCAAUUGGUUAUAUUUACGAAAGAAGAAGUAAAACAAAAGAAGAAUGAAAUAGCUAUGUCGGAUGAAUAUGAAAAAUUGACAUCAGAUCCAUUAAAGGAAAUACAGAAUAAUUUAGUGAAAAUAAUCAAGAAACAUAAACAGUACUUUUCGAGUCAACAGAUAAUUGACAGACCGUCAUACAGCAUCAAGGAUACAGAUGAAUUAAUUAAUGGAUUACUGAAAGAGUUUUUUCGCCAAAAAGAUGGAAUAUCAAUGGGAUCAGUGAUUGGACCUAAACUAGCAGAGAUUUGCAUGAAACCAAUUGAUGACAGUAUAUCACAAAUACCAGGUAUUGAUUUUUAUGCCCGAUAUGUGGAUGACAUAUUAAUUAUCUUUGAUUCUUGUGUAGUAACACCUCGUGAAAUAGAAGAUUAUGCGAAUACCUUAAAACCCAAUAUAAAGUUUACUAGUGAAAUAGAACAAAACCAGGAAAUAAACUAUUUGGAUGUGACUAUUAAACGUGAGAAAACGCAACUACUGUUCCGUAAGUACGAAAAACUGUGUAAUACAGAAAAAACAAUUAGUUAUAAAUCUUAUUGCCCUAUAGAAACUAAGAAAAACGUUUUUUCCAUGGAAUUGAGGAAAAUAUUAAACAGAACAACACUCCAGGAAGAUAUAGAUAAAGAAAUUAAACAAUUAUUUAGAAAAUAUUUAAUGAAUGAUUAUCCAAAGAACAAAAUUUUUGCCAAGCAGGAAAAUAAAAUGUCAAAUAUCAUUAAUAUUAUCAAUACCAAAGGUCAGAAAACAGUAAGAAAUCAGCUUGAUGUCGCAGGAGUGGUGUACAANGGGGCUACGACUGAUCAGCUUGCACUAUCGUAG